AUGGCGAGGCCGUGGUUUACUAAGAACCUCUCGCCAGACAAGAUCAACCUGAGCACGCUGAAAGGGCAGGGGCAGCUGACGAACCUGGAGCUGGACGAAGAGGUGCUGCAGAAUGUGCUGGAGCUGCCCACCUGGCUGGCCAUCACGCGGGUCUACUGCAACAAGGCGUCCAUCAGGAUCCAGUGGACGAAACUGAAAACACACCCAAUCUGCCUGUACCUGGAUAAAGUGGAGGUGGAGAUGCGAACAUGUGAAGAGCCUCGGCCGCCCAACGGACAGUCCCCCAUUGCCCUUGCUGCAGGUCAAAGUGAGUAUGGCUUUGCUGAGAAGGUUGUGGAGGGGAUGUUCAUUGUCGUCAAUUCCAUCACCAUCAAGAUUCACUCCAAGGCCUUUCAUGCCUCUUUCGAGCUAUGGCAGCUCCAAGGCUACAGCGUCAACCCAAACUGGCAGCAGAGCGACUUGCGGCUCACGCGCAUCACAGACCCGCAGAGAGGAGAGGUUUUGACAUUCAAAGAGCUCACCUGGCAGACGCUUCGGAUAGAGGCAGAUGCCAGUGACAAUGGGGAUCAGGAUCCUGUUACUACUCCUCUGAGACUCAUUACCAACCAAGGGAGGAUCCAGAUCUCCCUCAAGAGAAGGACCAAAGAUUGCAAUGUGGUGGCCUCUAAGCUGAUGUUUCUCCUUGAUGACCUGCUGUGGGUGUUGACAGACUCUCAGCUGAAAGCAAUGAUGAAGUAUGCAGAGUCUUUGAGUGAAGCCAUGGAAAAGUCUGCUCAGCAGAGGAAAAGCCUGGCACCAGAGUCUGCGCAGAUAACACCGCCGGCUCCAAGUGCUCAGCAGUCCUGGUCGCAGUCAUUUGGAGUGAGCCCAAGUGCAAGUAGCAUUGGCCAAUACUUUGAUAAACAUGAUAUGAAGGAGUCAUCGUACCACCUCCUCAUCUCGCGCCUGGACCUGCACAUCUGUGAUGAUAGCCACACUCGGGAGUCAGGCGCUCUGAAGCACGGGAUGCUGGGCGGAGCGAUACAGCUGACAUUCAGGAGAAUGGCCUUUGACUAUUACCCUUUCCACAGGGCAGGAGAUGCCUGCAAGCACUGGGUGAGGUACAGCGAGGCCAUGGAAACCCGGGGACAGUGGGCAAAAAAGUUGGUCAAUGAAUUUCAAAGCAAGAUUGAGAAGCAUUAUGAAGAAAUGGACCCUGCCUUUACCAGGACUCCACUUUCUCCCUUCAAAAAGAAACCAGAUACCUCGAGUCCUCAUAAAAGUCCCUCAGAGAAAGGCCGGGUCCCUCCCUCCAGCUUGCCACAACUGCGGCACCCUUCCUGGAACCGCCUUCGAUCGAGCUGUGUGGUAGUCCGAGUAGAUGACCUAGACGUUCACCAGGUUUCUACAGCUGGUCAACACAGUAAGAAACCUUCCACCUUGCUGUCAUGUAGCAGAAAAUUCCUCAAUCUUCCAGAUCAGGUCUCUGCGAUCCAUAUCGAGUUCACAGAGUAUUACUUCCCAGACAAUCAGGACUUUCCAGUUCCGUGCCCGAACCUGUACGCGCAGCUGAACGGCCUGACGCUCACCCUGGAUACAGCGAGUGUGCUCUGGAUAAACCUCUUCUGUCUGGAUCUUUAUCGCAGCCUGGAGCAGUUCAAAGCCAUCUACAAGCUGGAGGACUCGGGCAAGCACGAUGAGCACUUGGACGUUCGGCUGGAUGGCUUCCGCCUGAAGCUCAGCAUCCCUGUGGAGAAGAAAGUUACGGAGCAUCGAGACCGCCCACGGGCGCUGUGUGUUCGCACGGCGCAGGUGACUGCCACCAACACCCGCCACGCUCCCUUCUGCAGCUGCCAGGACCUCCAGAGCCUCUUCCGGAGAUUUGCCAAUUCGGAAUUUUUCCACUCUAACUAUUCGCAGUUCCCAAGGUCUCAGGACAACUUCAGCCUUCUCCACACCCUUUUCUUGCGCCAUGCCUAUGAAGUGGAUGACAGACCUCGGAAGAGGACAGGCUUUUCCCAGACAUUUCACAAAGCCUCUGCCUCUGAAGACCUGUGGUCUGUGAAUUUCACAGAGCUUUCCCUGGACUUUGAGGGGGCGGAGAGCUCAAAGGGCAAAGCCAUUAAUUUUAUUUCCUCUUUUCCCCUUUCCAUUUGGGCUUGCCUUCCCAAGAGAUGGGCACAAGCUCAGAUGUCCAAACGACAGGCAUUGGCUGCCUCCGAGAUGAAGAUCAAGCCUUCUGCCAGCUUUAGCAAUCACUGCAAGAAUGAGAGUCUUUCCAAGGAGCAUGGGAUUUGCCAGAGAUCGAAGACUGACCAGGAUCUGAAGAACAUCUACAAGGUCCCAGAGACGAUGGACGUGUUGGGAGAAUGCGAUUAUGAAACUGAUGAUGGAGUAGCUGAUAAAGAGCUGGAGUCCUCUGCUGAUAUCCAUGUGCUUUUGUCCUCAUCUGUUCAUGUCAAAGUUCGACUCAACCACUACCAAUAUUUGGUGCUGCUCAGGAUGAAAGAGGUUUUGCAAACAUUACAAGAGCAGUUGGCUCAAGAUACACAGGAAGUGACUGGGUGUCCCUUAGAUCCCAUGUCUGCAUGUGUCGGAGUUAUGUUCCAUAGUGCCGAACUGGCCCUAAUCAUGAACCCUGUGCCGGGCUCCGGCUUGGAACCUCGAUCCCUCGACUCGGACACAACAAGCCUGAUGGAAUCGGAGCUGUCGCCCUCCGACAGCAAGGAGGGCCUGGCAGCUGAAGAGAAGGAGCUGAAGUCAGAGACAAGUUCAGAGAAGGGAGCAGUCAGCAGCUCAAAGGUCCCAGAAGACAGUGGGACUGAAGAUACAGGUACAGGUGUCACUGCGGCACGGCCGGAGAGCAUGCCAAGAUCCACGAGUGAUGGAGCUCUGGGUACAAGUCCAUACAGUAAGAGUGCAGAGGAGAAAGGCCUGGUAGAGGAAGCCCACGAAGCUGUGGAAGCGCUGGUGGCAGAAGGAGCAGCAGAGUCCAGUGAGCAGCCUCAGAGCCCUCCUGCCCUCCCGUCCAGCCCGACCUCCGAUGUGCAGCCCUUGAGGAGAGGCAGCGUCGCUCUCAAUGGCCAGGCUGAGCUCAUCCCAUUAAAAAACCUGGAGGUGGAGCUGUCUAGUGCGUUGCAUAUCACAAAGGAUGCCACUAAGGAAGCCUUGCACGUGACUAUGGACCUCACCAAAGAAGCCAUGUCUAUAACGAAAGAUGCUCUGAGCCUGAGCCGGGAGAAGGUGACCUCCACCAUGCACAAAAUGCUCUCUCUCCCACCAACCAAGGAUGCAGUGCCGAAAGCAGAAGAGGGAGCAGUGACUCCCGGCGGGAGCGGCAGCAGCCGGAUGCGCUUCUUCUCCAUGAAGAGGACGACGUCCCAACAUUCGUUUGACACCACGUCUGUGGACGGCAGCGGCCCCGAGGACGGGCUCUCUGUGGACAGCGAUGGCAGCGACGGCUUCGUGAUGCUCACGGACUCUGAACCCAGCCUGGAUCCUCUUUCCUCGGUACAUCUCCCUCAGGUGCACAACGACACGGGCAGCAGAGGAAGCCCCAUGGCAGAGGAUGACAGCAGAGCGUCUCCUGAAAUAAAUAGCUCCACUUCACAGAGUGCAGAAGACCCCAGCCUUCAACUGGUGUCUGUCCUUGUGCUGAAGAUGAAUCAGGUGAACUGUGGGAUAGAGGCAAGAGAUGAUGAUUUGUCUGUCGCUUUACAAGUCACGGAGGUGGUUCCAGAGCAGCUCAACAACGUCGGGAUGUGGCAAUAUCUGUGCGGCUAUCUGGGAGAUGCAGAUGCGGAGAAGCCUUCAGCGCCUGAAGCUGGUAAGACCCAGCCAGAAGUGUGCGUGCGCCUAGACGUGGGACCCAGCGCCGCCGUGCGCUCGCCGCUCGCUGUUCAGAAUGGCUUCCUUCACAUGCUGGUCCACAGCUACGCAGCAGAGCUCUUCAUGUCCUCCCUCUCUAACCUUGGCCCCUUUCUUGAGGAUGAAGUCAUCCCAGAGGUGAUGCCCAUGGAGAUAGAAAUUGUGAACACCAAAAUCACACUGAAGGAUGACAGCCCCCAGGUCUACCCUACCUCGCCCGGCCCCGUUCCCAUCACCUUGGCCGUGGAUCACGUCAUUGUGAAGCGCGGAGACGAUGGGGUUUUCUCUCUAACAGCGCCACAAGGGAAGGGCUCACCCGAACAGGAAAAACCUGUGUCAGCUUUUAAGGAACAGACAGUCCCGGCAGAGAGUGUCCCAGCAGGAGGGAUCUGUGGAUUGCAGUUGAAGGAAGUGCCAGAGCUGCAAAGGGAGCUGCAGAGCAUGAAAAUAGCCCUUGCAGAAGCCAACAUGGACAAGGCCCGGCUGCUGCAGGAAAUUAGGAAGUACAAUCCCCUCUUCCAGCUCUGACAGCGAAGGGCCAGGCCGCAGCAGCUCGGGAGGAGUGGAGACCACCACCAGCACCAAGGCGGCUAGUUUGGCUGAUGCCCUCAAAGGGUGGAAACCAACUGUGUUUGUAAAAUAAACUCGAAGGAGGGAGAAGCGAAGGAAGGCCUGGCUGGACUGGGCGACAGGGGAGAGGGAAUGAGAAGGAGCUACCAACUUGCAGCCACUUGACUGUGUCCUGGCAAUAUGGUGCUACCGGCUGCCACCGAACCAGGGCAGUGCUCCGUCUGCAAACGAGAGGUCAGGAGCUGCGGGGGGGACCAGUGUUUCUUCAUCUGCAGAGUCACAUGGACAGCCUGCUGGCAGCCUCGAGCAUCUCUGCUUCACUUUCACCUGGAGGUGCUUGGUGGGGGGUGGUUCUGCUGCUUUUUUUCUUCCUUUUUGUGUUCUUGCCCAAUCGCACAUGCCAAAGAGCAUGGCAAAAGGAGCGUGGUUAACUUACUGCAUCAAGGAGCGAUAGAUAUGGCAGAUUGCUGCUCAGAACUGCUGAAGUGCAAAUGCAUGUGGUGCUGCGUGAAAAUGGAAACUUAGGGAGUCAGCGAGUGUGGGAGGGAUUGCUGCCUGGUGGAAGGGGCUAGGUCUGAUUACUUCCUCCAUAGCAGGGCCAGGAGAGUAAAAGAGAUUCCUUCAGGUUUCUUUUCCUACCAGUAUUUGUCUGUCAGGACAGAAUCAGUAGUAUAUUAGCCUUAGUCUGGUUCAUUCUCAAGCCCAUAAAAUUUGGCUUUACUGGUGGUAAAGCAUAAAAGGAAUUCAUGAUUUCAUUACAAAGGAAUAUUCAGACUUUCUUUAAUUUUGCAGUCCAAGACCAGGAGUCAAAUAGGUUGGUUAAGUCGAGGGGUAGGAUGGAAUUGCCUGUCGUGCAAGAAUUGAACCCACUCCUGGUCCAGGUACAGGACAAGGACACCGACAUGUCACUGCAGUAAGGGGCAGUGGUGAAGGGAGAAGCUGUUACAAAAGAAUUUGCUUUGUCUUUGAUACCAGAGGGUGYGAGUCUGGGCCCCUCUGUGUUAGGGAUAAGAGCCUGUUCCUUCCCUGUCACACCCAGCAUCUCCACCGUGUGUGGAGCUCGUGGGGUUUUGAAGAUAUUUCAGACUUUGAGUGGGAUUUUUUCCAGAUGUGGUUUGUGUUUGUUUGAACAUACCAUUUCUAAUGCACAUGCUUUUCACUGCAUGUAAAACAAAGUAGUGAUUGCCUCACACCGAGUGCUAGCAAAAAGCUUGCAUGGGAUUUUUUUUUCUUUAUCAGUUGAGAACUCCACCUUCUAUAAGAGUUAAGCAAUGCCUUUUUUUCUUAGCUGAACACACUACACCCAAACCCUUAAACUGAUUUUUUUUUUUCUAUUUUUUUCUACUUGAGCAUUAGUCCUCUGAAAUUAGUUUAGCUAAAAUAACAUCAGCUUUGAGUCCUGCGGGCCCUCUAAGGAGCAGCCYCUGAUUUACAAGCCACGAUGAGUUGAGGUCUGGGGCUAACAAAAGAAAGCAACCAGCUGGAUUUGCAUUUCCCACUGUGCUCCUCUGCCCUUGUCCCUGUGCCCGGCUCUGGAGCUGCUGAGCACUUCCCGUUAACGGAGCCUGCCGGGAUCAUUUUAGCUCUUUAGCCCUCCGGGGAGUCUCUUUAGCCGCUGGGUUASAGUUGGAGAUGCUGGUGAUCUGUGGCUUACGAAGAGCCAAAAAUCAGUUCCUGGCAGAAGAGGGCAGGCGAGAGAAUAGGAGAGAGACAAAGGGAGACCAAAACGUCACUGUUCAUCUUAACUCGGUGUUUGAAUCCGCGAGACCGAAGGUGGCCGUGAGUGCCGCUCGCUGGACGAGCCCUCGUGCCCYCGCUGUGACCAGAGCGCCCGGGCAGCCGGGGCUCGCGGCGGCCGGCGUUUGGMCAUCUCUGUCUGCCAAGAUGCGACUGAGCUGAGCCUGAAAUGGGAUGUGACAGCGGCCKCUGAAGUCCAGCCUUCCUUCUGGAAGGGGCAGGCGGGGAGGAAUAUUUGCCUGUGGCCGUGUGCUCGUCCUCGCCACUGCCUGGUCUGGCUAGGGCUGCUGCUCGUGAUGCUGUGACGUGUGUGAGUUUSUGUUCCUCUGCAGCGAAGGAUCAGGAUCCCUCCUUGUUUUCUCUGGAGCAUCCCCUAGGACUCACCCUCGCAUGCCAGCCUUGCCAGGACCAAUUUGUGUUACUGUCUGCGAUGGAAAAUGCACUAGAGCAGCCUGUCAGGGCUGCUCGCCAGAGGAAAAUGCACUUUAACUUUCAAGCAUCAGCGGGCAUUUCCUUCACCACUAUUGCCUCAUGCAGAGCAGAAUUCAGAAGUAAAAGCAGGGGUUGAAGUUACCUCGAGAGGUAAAGAUGACRCUCAAGUGCUGUGAACAGUUUCUAGAGUAAGAAAGGAGGGCACAAGGCACCUGUGUGCCCACACAUGUGCUUUGAAGCAAACUCAUGUGCAAACAUCUCAUUGUGACUAACACCCUUGUGAAGUGCACAAACCCCCCUAAGUGGAGCUCCAGCCCUGGGUGCUGCUCUGCUUGCUCCCCUUCCGCUGUGAAGCAAGAGGUGUAAGAACACAUGCCGUAGGUGGAAUGAAAUGGACCUGACUGCUCGAAAACAGGGGAUAUUCCAUGACUUAGGCUUGACACCUGCUUAAACACUCCCGUACGGGCAGCCUGGGAAGGCAGUGGGGAGAGGGAUGUUGCUGCCUGGUGUUGCAGAGCCCUGUGACCUCCUUCCCUCUCCCUCGCCGCGUGGAGCCYGAGCAGAGCUGGGGCACACUUCCUUACAGCUACUCUCUUGCUCCAGCAACUCUAGUCAACCUGUUCUCUUUUAAGAAAAAUUAAACUACUUCCA